AGAGUGGCGGAAGUGGCCCGCCCUCUUCCUCUCCGGGACCAACGGCUUUGCGAAGCUUCCAGGGACUUCCCUAGCGCGGGGUAUUGUGGGCUUGGCGGGCGGCCCUGACGCGGAGAAGCAGAGAAGUAGCGGGCCACUGACUCAGCUUCCAAAAUGAUGCCCACACCAGUUAUUCUGUUGAAAGAGGGGACUGAUAGCUCCCAAGGCAUUCCCCAGCUUGUAAGUAACAUCAGUGCCUGCCAAGUGAUUGCUGAGGCUGUCAGAACCACUCUGGGGCCCCGUGGCAUGGACAAGCUCAUUGUGGAUGACCGAGGCAAAGCAACAAUUUCUAAUGAUGGGGCCACAAUUUUAAAACUCCUUGAUGUCGUCCAUCCUGCAGCAAAGACUCUAGUGGACAUUGCCAAAUCCCAAGAUGCUGAGGUUGGUGAUGGCACCACCUCAGUGACCCUGUUGGCUGCAGAGUUUCUGAAGCAGGUGAAACAAUAUGUGGAAGAAGGUUUGCACCCACAGAUUAUCAUUCGAGCUUUCCGCACUGCCACCCAGUUGGCAGUUAACAAGAUCAAAGAGAUAGCUGUGACUGUGAAGAAGGAAGAUACAGUGGAGCAGAUGAAGCUGCUAGAAAAGUGUGCCAUGACUGCUCUGAGCUCCAAGCUGAUCUCCCAGCAGAAAACCUUCUUUGCUAAGAUGGUGGUGAAUGCAGUGAUGAUGCUGGAUGAUCUGCUGCAACUUAAAAUGAUUGGAAUCAAGAAGGUGCAGGGUGGAGCUCUAGAGGAAUCACAGUUGGUAGCUGGUGUUGCAUUCAAGAAGACUUUUUCUUAUGCUGGGUUUGAAAUGCAGCCUAAAAAGUACAAUAAUCCGAUGAUUGCCCUUUUAAAUGUUGAGCUUGAGCUGAAAGCUGAAAAGGAUAAUGCCGAAGUCAGAGUCCACACAGUUGAGGAUUAUCAGGCAAUUGUUGAUGCUGAGUGGAACAUUCUCUAUGACAAGCUAGAAAAGAUCCACCGAUCUGGAGCCAAAGUUGUCUUGUCCAAACUCCCCAUUGGGGAUGUGGCCACCCAGUACUUUGCGGACAGAGACAUGUUCUGUGCUGGCCGAGUGCCAGACGAAGAUCUGAAGAGGACAAUGAUGGCCUGUGGAGGCUCAAUCCAGACCAGUGUAAAUGCUCUGUCAGCAGAUGUGCUGGGCAGCUGUCAGGUCUUUGAAGAAACCCAGAUUGGAGGUGAAAGGUACAAUUUUUUCACUGGUUGCCCCAAGGCCAAGACCUGCACCAUCAUUCUCCGAGGUGGCGCUGAGCAAUUUAUGGAGGAGACAGAACGCUCCCUGCACGAUGCUAUCAUGAUUGUCAGGAGGGCCAUAAAGAAUGACUCAGUGGUCGCUGGUGGUGGAGCCAUUGAGAUGGAGCUCUCCAAGUACUUGCGGGAUUACUCCAGGACCAUUCCAGGGAAACAGCAGCUGUUGAUUGGGGCAUAUGCCAAGGCCUUGGAAAUUAUCCCACGCCAGCUGUGUGACAAUGCUGGCUUCGAUGCCACAAACAUCCUAAACAAGUUGCGAGCUCGGCAUGCCCAGGGGGGCAUGUGGUAUGGGGUGGACAUCAACAAUGAGGACAUUGCUGACAACUUUGAGGCUUUCGUGUGGGAGCCAGCUAUGGUGCGGAUCAACGCCCUGACUGCAGCCUCCGAAGCUGCGUGCCUUAUCGUGUCGGUAGAUGAAACCAUCAAGAAUCCUCGAUCAACAGUGGAUGCUCCCCCAGCUGCUGGCCGGGGCCGAGGUCGUGGCCACCCUCAUUAAGAGGCACUCUACUCCUCACAAGGGCUGGCAGGCUGGCUGGUUGGCUGUACAGGGUGCUUCCUCCCUUAUCUUGAUUAAUUGGUAUUACAAGGAAGGGGUAGUAAUGGGCUCACUCUGUUGUCACUGGAGGUUAUUUAAUAAAACUUAAAACUUAGAAUUCA